AUGCUGACUCGCAAGCUUGGAUUCAAAGAUAACAUCUGUUACUCACAUGAACGUGAUUUACAGGGGAUGGCCCUCAUAUGGAACGACGAUACUCAUGCGGAACUAUGUUCUCGGUCACCCAACCACAUUGAUGUUGUUAUUGGCAAAGCAGAGAACACACUCAAAUGGCGUUUUACUGGCAUUUAUGGGGUCGCUGUGCGGGGAGAGCGACACAGAACCUGGUCCCUCAUCAAAACGCUUGCUUCUAAACAAUGUUCCCUGCCUUGGCUUGUUGCAGGGGACUUUAAUGAGAUAAUGUCAAACAAUGACAAGUUUGGAGGUCCACCAAGAGCAGUAACACCUAUGGCUACAUUUAGAAGAACACUGGCUGACUGUGAUCUUCUAGAUAUGGGUUUUGUAGGCAGUCACUUUACAUGGAGCAGGCCUUCCACUGGAAAUGCUUUGGAACAACUGUCAAGGAAAAUCUAUGACACGGGCACUAAACUCAUGCAAUGGUACAAGUCUGAUUUUGAUAAUCAAAAGGCAGAGCUGCAUGUCAUUGAGGAGAAGCUCAAUGACCUCAUGCCAUUACCCUACUCCCCAGAGCAAUAUGAGGAGCAGAGAUUGCUACAUGUCAAACAUAGCCAAAUUCUUGCUCAACAGGAAUUAUACUGGAGGCAGCGAUCAAGAGCUAUUUGGCUUAAGGAUGGAGAUCGUAACUCUGCAUACUUUCACAGGAGGGCUUGUAAUCGGCGAAGUAAAAACCUCAUACCGGGCCUUAAAGAUGAGCAAAACCAGUGGCAAACUGACCCGAGAGAAGUCCAAAGAUUGUUGCUUUCUUAUUUUUCAAGAGUCUUCUCGACUGAGAGUUGUGACCUAGAAGCACUAGCACAAAUAAUAGAGGCCACACCAGUGAAAGUUACACUAGAGAUGAACAACGACCUGUUGAAGCCAUACCUGGAAAAGGAAAUGAAAGCAGCUAUCUUUCAAAUGCAUCCUCAAAAAGUCCUGGCCCUAACUAUCAAAGACCCUCAGGAUGCUGCACACUUCAGGCCUAUAGCCCUCGGCAAUGUUAUUUAUCGUAUUGCGUCAAAAGUAGUUGCUAAUAGACUAAAGCCAUGGCUACCUGCAAUUAUUUCACCCCUUCAAAGUGCCUAUGUCCCAGGGCGCAUCGUCUCAGACAAUACUUUGGUUGCCAAUGAAGUUGCGCACUUUAACACAGGUUUCUUCUCACUGAAGCUAGACAUUAGUAAGGCGUAUGACCGCCUAGAAUGGAAUUAUCUCCAAGCCAUUCUGUCAAAGCUCGGCUUUCACCCUACUUGGAUUAAUAUGGUGAUGAGAAAUGUCAAAUUCGUAACCUAUUCAAUUUUGCAGCAUGGCAACCCAACUCCUCCUAUCUCACCUUCUAGAGGAAUCAGACAAGGAGAUCUAUUGUCACCCUUAUUAUUUGGCACGGCUACUAUUGAAGAAUGUAUUGCCUUCAAGCAAAUUCUAGGGAUUUAUGAGAGGGUCUCUGGACAAAAGAUCAACUUCCAAAAAAGUAGUGUUGGUUUUAAUAGGAAUGUCAGCAUAGCACUUCAACACAACCUGGCAGCCAUCUUUGCAGUUGAACGUGUGGAAGAACAUGAUAAAUACCUUGGCUUGCCACUGCGGGGAUGGAGAAUUAUCUCUAAUCCUCAGUCGUUAAUUGCCAAGUUAUAUAAGGCAAAGUAUUUUCCACAUUGCUCGUUUUGGGAAGCAGAGAUUGGGGACUCACCAUCGUUUUCUUGGAUAAGCAUCUUACAAGGUAGAGCAGUUCUGCAAGCAGGAGUUCAGUGGAAAAUUGGAGAUGGCACUCAAGUUGAUAUAUGGCAGGAUAAAUGGAUUCCAGUAUCCACACCAACUCAAAUAUCCAGACCACUCAAUACUAGUCUUUCCAAAGUGGCAGAUCUAAUUGAUGAAUCAGCACAGCAAUGGAAGGCUAAUCUCAUACAUGACUUGUUUCCUGACCACAUUGCAGAAAGAAUUCUCUGCAUUCCACUUGGACGACACCCUCAUCCUGACAAGAUUAUUUGGAGGCCGGAGAAGAAAGGCUACUACUCGUGCCCUAUGGCCUCGACUAUCAUAUCUGCCCCUCCGUUCAACCUGCCCAUUGAUCUACACAAGACUAUGAACUUCAAAGACUGGAUGCUUGACAGAGCUCUUACAUUAAGCAAUGAGACUUUCGCCAAACUCAUGAUGAUUAUUUGGGCCAUUUGGAAAAACAGGAACAACUUCUUAUGGAAGGGCACACAGCAAACCGCUCAAGAUAUUCUCCUAAGUAGUUUUGCUUGGCUUGAAGAGUUUCAAAAAGCUCUCACUCCAGCUGUAACAAGAAGGCAACAACAUUGUCAUUUUUGGCAGCCCGCUCCUACUGGAGCUUUUAAAAUGAACAUGGACGCUUCAUACUUGUCCAAUCAGACUAAAGGAGGAAUUGGAGGAGUCCUGCGAACUGAAACUGGGCAAGUUGUUGCAGCCUUUGCUAGCCCUAUCCCCCACUUAGCUUCCCUGAAACAAGGAGAGUUAUAUGCCAUCCGAGCUGGUGUUGAUCUAGUGAAGUCUUUACAAUUACAACAGGUUGUUAUAGAGAGUGACUGCACCAAAGCAAUUGUAGAUGCAUCUUGUCCAGACCAUAGUCUCCUUGAAAAUGGAGGUUUGAUCGAUGAUAUUAAAAGAGCCAUGGCUGAAAUUCCCCAUGUGCAGCUAUGUUAUGCCCCUAGAUCAUGCAACAUGGUUGCUCAUAGGCUAGCUGGUAUAGGCUUUGAGUCCAUUCAGAGAAUAGUAUGGAGGAAUCAUACCCCAGAAUGCAUUCUUGAUGUAGUAACCUAUGAUUGUCAUCACCUCACUUGA